UGAGGCGGCUGUUCGUUACCUAAGUCUUUAAGGCCGGAUUGAUGGGAUUGAGAACUGGUGCAUGUCCUUCAGGUCAGAACCACAGCACUCAAGGGCCCUUCAUGCAGAAAGCUGACGUUUGUUUUAGCUUCUGCUCUGCUGGUAGGAGUGGAAAGCAGCCUGUUCAUUGUGCCUGUGCCUGGUUGAAGUGUUUAGGGAAAGUUCUGGUGGCGUCUCAGUGUUGAUUCUGUUCCUGGCUCUGCGAAAGCCCCCUGUCCUGGUUUCAUGGGAUGUGCAGCGAAUCCCAGGACAGAGGAGAGCUCAGAACCGGCUCCUGUGCUCAGUCUUGAGGCCAAAGCCCAGGAAUCGUGAGGCUGGUCCAGGGGUUGGCGGGCACUCAGCCCUGUCUGACCAAGGCCCAGCUUUCCUGCUGGUGUUGGCUGGGCACUCCCAGCUGCAGGUGGCCUCUCACAGGAUGGUCAUGUGCGGCCUCUGUCCCACCAGGGCUGCACCUCCUACAGUGGAGGCCAUGCAGGGUGAUGUCCAUGGGUCUCCAGGCGUGCGCUGCGGACGGGGAGGGCGUCUGUGAGGAGAUGCAGCCACUCCCUCUGCUGUGGCUGCCCUGCCCUGCUGGGCCACGUGGGCACGCAGGUUCCGUCACUGCACAGGCUGUGUCUUCGUGUUCCUGGGCCCCGCCUCCACCUGUGGAAGGAGGGUCUGGGACCCCCGCUUUUCAGUUCUUUUGGCUCAGGGAAUCCUUGGCCCUUGGCCCUCAUCUUGGGUGGGUCGGGGCGAACUCAGGGCAGCCUCGUUGGUUGGAUGUUGAGGCUCUGGCAUCCGGGACCAGGUGCCCCCACUUAGGCAGGGACUGCCUGGCUGUCAGCGUGGGUGUUGAACUCUCCUGCAGCUGCUGUGUAGGCCUCCACCAAACUUUGACAGGGCUCCGUGCUGCUGACUGUGAGCAUGUGCAGGAUAAGGCGACUGUGCAUUUGGGAACCUGCCAGUGCCCAGGCAUCUCAGGACACACCUGUGGGUGCAGAGCGCCCCGUGCUCGAGCCCCGCCCAUAGGGAUAUCUACCGUAGGAGCCAGCUGCAGCCACUAGCGUGCCAGCACAUCGUCUGCUGGGUUUCUCUCCCCCACUCCCAGUUUGCUUGAAAACUCCUUCUUGAUUACCUGCUCAGAUCCCCCCCGCCAGCGAAUCCUGCCCUGUGAUUGACUGAAGUGUGCGUUCAUUCAGUUACUUGACAAGUGCUUGCUUCCGGCUUCUUGUACUCAUACUGGAAAGCAGAAAGUGACUGCCCUGCCUGAUGCCCACUGACAGUGCGUGGGCUGCAGACCUGUGGUAGAGCCAGGGCCAGUAUUUCCUCUGGUGCUGGGACAAACCCGUGGUGUGAGACUCCCCACUGUUUCCAUAGAAGAGGACAGAAGACGCUCCACAUGCAACGCACUGGACAGCCUUGUGUUCCUGAAGAAGAUGGACACCUGCUGGCAGGACCACUGCAGACAGAUGAUCAUGGUCAGAGGCAUCUUCCUGUUCCUGGACCGCACCUAUGUCCUGCAGAACUCCCUGCUGCCCUCCAUCUGGGACAUGGGGUUGGAGCUGUUCAGAAACCACAUCAUCAGUGACAAGACGGUUCAGAGCAAGACCAUCGAUGGGAUCCUUCUGCUGAUCGAACGGGAGCGCAGCGGGGAGGCUGUGGACAGGAGCCUGCUGCGCAGCCUGCUGGGCAUGCUCUCGGACCUUCAGGUAUAUAAAGAUUCGUUUGAGCUGAAAUUUUUAGAAGAAACUAAUUGUUUAUAUGCUGCAGAAGGCCAAAGAUUAAUGCAAGAGAGAGAGGUCCCCGAGUACCUAAACCAUGUGAGUAAGCGCCUGGAGGAAGAGGGAGACCGCGUGAUCACGUACCUGGACCACAGCACGCAGAGACCACUGAUCGCCUGUGUAGAGAAGCAGCUGCUGGGAGAACACUUGACAGCGAUUCUGCAGAAAGGGCUUGACCACCUGCUGGACGAGAACAGAGUGCCCGACCUCACGCAGAUGUACCAGCUGUUCAGCCGUGUGAAGGGCGGGCAGCAUGCGCUGCUGCAGCACUGGAGCGAGUACAUCAAGACUUUUGGGACAGCAAUUGUCAUCAACCCUGAGAAGGACAAGGACAUGGUGCAGGACCUGCUGGAGUUCAAGGACAGGGUGGACCACGUGGUGGAGGUGUGCUUCCAAAGGAAUGAGCGCUUCGUCAACCUGAUGAAGGAGUCCUUCGAGGCCUUCAUCAACCGGAGGCCCAACAAGCCCGCCGAGCUCAUCGCCAAGCACGUGGAUUCCAAGCUCCGGGCGGGCAACAAGGAGGCCACAGACGAGGAGCUGGAGAGGAUUCUGGACAAGAUCAUGAUCCUCUUCAGGUUCAUCCAUGGCAAAGAUGUCUUUGAAGCAUUUUAUAAGAAAGAUUUGGCAAAGAGACUCCUCGUUGGAAAAAGUGCCUCGGUUGAUGCUGAAAAGUCGAUGCUGUCCAAGCUCAAGCAUGAGUGCGGGGCCGCAUUCACCAGCAAGCUGGAGGGGAUGUUCAAGGACAUGGAGCUCUCCAAGGACAUCAUGGUUCACUUCAAGCAGCACAUGCAGAACCAGAGUGCCCCAGGCCCUAUCGACCUUACCGUGAACAUCCUCACCAUGGGGUACUGGCCCACCUACACACCCAUGGAAGUGCACCUGCCUCCGGAGAUGGUCCGGCUCCAGGAGGUGUUCAAGGCCUUCUACCUGGGCAAGCACAGCGGACGGAAGCUGCAGUGGCAGACCACGCUGGGGCACGCUGUCUUAAAAGCAGAGUUUAAGGAGGGGAAGAAAGAGUUCCAGGUGUCCCUCUUCCAGACGUUGGUGCUGCUCAUGUUCAAUGAGGGAGACGGAUUCAGCUUUGAGGAGAUAAAAAUGGCCACCGGGAUAGAGGACAGUGAACUGAGAAGAACGCUGCAGUCCCUGGCCUGUGGCAAGGCGCGUGUCCUGAUCAAAAGCCCCAAAGGAAAGGAGGUGGAGGACGGGGACAAAUUCCUCUUCAAUGCAGAGUUCAAGCACAAGCUCUUUAGAAUCAAGAUCAACCAGAUCCAGAUGAAGGAAACCGUUGAAGAACAAGUGAGCACUACCGAGAGAGUGUUUCAGGAUAGGCAAUACCAGAUUGAUGCUGCUAUAGUCAGAAUCAUGAAGAUGAGGAAGACUCUUGGUCACAAUCUUCUAGUUUCUGAGCUGUAUAACCAGCUGAAGUUUCCAGUCAAGCCUGGAGACCUGAAGAAGAGAAUCGAGUCUCUGAUAGACCGAGACUACAUGGAGCGUGACAAGGACAGUCCCAACCAGUACCACUACGUGGCCUGACACAUCUGCAGGGUGGCGAAGCCCACUCGCUCCAGGAGCCUGCCGCUGGACACGGGAGACCCUCGGCUCACCGGGCGGGGGACGACAGACCAUCUCGCCCGGGGUGGGGGUCUUCACGUGACACGUCCUUGCCCUCCAGUUCUCAGUUCUCUUAGGCAUUUAGAUGUUCGUUGCUCUGUGUGGAAUGACUUUGAGGUUGGACGCAGGUGGUAGUUGACAGGAGUCCUCCACAAGGUCCUGCCGCUCUGUGGAGGGAGCCGCCAGUGGGUUGGUGUGUGUGUGUGUGUGUGUGUGUGUGUGGUCCCGAGUGCACGAUGAAGAGACCCUCCAUGCUGCAUCGAAGUCCCAGAGUGCUCCGUUGACAAGCCUCAGAGUGAGAACAGAAGCCCCCACGGGCCACCAUGGGAAGACAGCAGGUCCCAUGGGCAGCUCAGCCCUGCAGCCAGAACCCUGGGUCCCAGAGAGGUCUAACCUGUGGCAACGGAUUUUUAUAAAUCGGGCUUUCAAGCCAGGUCCCUGUGUCAUCGCGCUGAGCCCAGCGCACAGCCAGUGGCCUACAGCGAGGACCUUCGUGCCCUCUGCUGAGGGCUGGACCUGGCCCCUGUUUCCUUCUGAGGGUGGGCACCUGCGUUUGGUUUCUUAACUUGCAGCAUUUGUGUGAUUACCGUGAUAGAUACAGUUUGGUUUGUUUGGUUUCCCAGUCCUGAGCAGGGACUGCCCUGUUUUCUGCCCCACCCUGCAGGAAGUUCCCUAGCCGACUUGACAGUCCUGACCUUGUGACACAGUGGUCACUUUGUCAAAAGAUUAAAGGGUUUUGUUGGUUCCUGGUUACAUGUGAACACACACGGGAGGUGGAAUGAGAGUUGAGUGGAGACAUUACUAUGGUGACAAUGACAAAGAUGCUCUUGUGAGAACAUUGGAAAGUACUUUCCAUUUUACAGAGUACCAUGUUUCAUUUUGAUUAAAAGCUACCAAAGGAAUUUUGAUCAUGGUAUCGUGUUUGAAGCAAUAUUUUCUGGAAUAUACCGAGUUUAUAUAAUUUGAUUUUAUGCUAAAUUUAUUAAAGGAUUCUCCCUUUUUGAGACAUGCGUGUUUAAAAUAUGACAUCUUUUGGGUUCCCAUGUUAAAAUCCUUACUCUUUAAAUAUCAUUUCUAUAUUUGUAAAUUUUCAUUUAUGAGUUCUAUAUGAGGUCUGUGAAAGACCAGAUAGAUUUCUAUUUCUAUUCUUAUAUUUUAGGUUCAUUGUGUCUAGAGAUUGUUAAUAUUGUAAUUUAAUAUAGACUUUGAAUAAAAUUAGUUUAAUUGGC